AUGGCGGCGGCUGUGGGUACGGUGGCAGCGACGGUCCCCGCGCCGGCGACCGGAGCGGAUGGCGCCUCCUCUGUGCACUGGUUCCGCAAAGGGUUGCGGCUGCACGACAACCCGGCGCUGCUGGCUGCCGUGCGCGGGGCGCGCUGCGUGCGCUGCGUUUACAUCCUGGACCCCUGGUUCGCGGCCUCCUCCUCAGUGGGAAUCAACCGAUGGAGAUUCCUAUUGCAGUCUCUGGAAGAUCUGGAUACAAGUUUAAGGAAACUCAACUCACGCCUGUUUGUAGUCCGGGGACAGCCAACUGAUGUGUUCCCAAGGCUGUUCAAGGAAUGGGGGGUGACCCGCUUGACCUUUGAAUAUGAUUCUGAACCCUUUGGGAAAGAACGGGAUGCAGCCAUUAUGAAGAUGGCCAAGGAAGCUGGUGUAGAGGUGGUGACUGAGAACUCUCAUACCCUCUAUGACCUGGACAGGAUCAUUGAACUGAAUGGACAGAAGCCACCCCUUACCUAUAAGCGGUUUCAGGCCAUCAUCAGUCGUAUGGAACUGCCCAAGAAGCCAGUGGGCUCAGUGACCAGCCAGCAGAUGGAGAGCUGCAGGGCUGACAUCCAGGAGAACCAUGAUGACACCUAUGGUGUGCCCUCCCUGGAGGAGCUGGGUUUCCCAACUGAAGGACUUGGCCCAGCUGUCUGGCAAGGAGGAGAGACAGAAGCUCUGGCCCGCCUGGAUAAACACUUGGAACGGAAGGCCUGGGUUGCCAACUAUGAGAGACCACGGAUGAAUGCCAACUCCCUGCUGGCCAGCCCCACAGGCCUCAGUCCUUACCUGCGCUUCGGCUGCCUUUCCUGCCGCCUCUUCUACUACCGCCUGUGGGACCUGUAUAAAAAGGUGAAGCGGAACAGCACCCCCCCACUAUCCCUGUUUGGGCAGCUCCUGUGGCGAGAGUUCUUCUACACAGCAGCCACCAACAACCCCAGGUUUGACCGCAUGGAGGGGAACCCCAUCUGCAUCCAGAUCCCCUGGGACCGCAACCCCGAGGCCCUGGCCAAGUGGGCCGAGGGCAAGACAGGCUUCCCUUGGAUUGAUGCCAUCAUGACCCAACUGAGGCAGGAGGGCUGGAUCCACCAUCUGGCCCGACAUGCAGUGGCCUGCUUCCUCACCCGCGGGGACCUCUGGGUCAGCUGGGAGAGCGGGGUCCGGGUAUUUGAUGAGCUGCUCCUGGAUGCAGAUUUCAGUGUGAAUGCAGGCAGCUGGAUGUGGCUGUCCUGCAGUGCUUUCUUCCAACAGUUCUUCCACUGCUAUUGCCCUGUGGGUUUUGGCCGCCGCACAGACCCCAGUGGGGACUACAUCAGGCGAUACCUGCCCAAAUUGAAAGGUUUCCCCUCUCGAUACAUCUAUGAGCCCUGGAAUGCCCCAGAGUCGAUUCAGAAGGCAGCCAAGUGCAUCAUAGGCGUGGACUACCCACGGCCCAUUGUCAACCAUGCAGAGACCAGCAGACUCAACAUCGAGCGGAUGAAGCAAAUCUACCAGCAGCUCUCACGCUACCGGGGACUCUGUCUACUGGCAUCUGUCCCUUCCUGUGUGGAAGACCUCAGCCACCCUGUGGCAGAGCCUGGAUCGAACCAGGCUGGGAGCAUCAGCAGCAUGGGCCCCAGACCACUACCCAGUGGCCCAGCAUCCCCCAAACGCAAGCUGGAAGCAGCUGAGGAGCCACCUGGUGAAGAGCUCAACAAACGGGCCAGGGUGGCAGAGUUGCCUGCUCCAGAGCUGCCAAGCAAGGACUCCUGACUGCAGAGCCAUUGCUCCGUGAUCAAAGCCUGGGUGCCCAAGCAGCCACCAUGGCCACAGAGUACAACCUACCGAGAAGCCGAUCACCGACUGAGAUAGCCCGAGCGUGUGUGUGCGUGUGUGCAGAGGAAGGAGUGGUGUGCUGUGUGCGUGUGCAUGCAUCUGUUUACGCUCUCUGGUCCUGAAUGCUGCCUGGGCUGGAGGAGUACCUGAAGCACACCUCACCACAAGUGCUACUUCUCGGCCUCCAUAUAUGAGGCCAGAAGUCAAGGCGAUAACCUUCAGCCAGGACCUUUCUCUGGGAGCCCCUUCUUGACUGAAUAGAACAUAGUGGUUAGGACCCUAGUUGGAGUUCUGGCACCAGCCUCCCUAGUCCUUCUUCCCUCCUCACUGAAGAGCAAGAGGAUCACAUCUUUGGCUCUUGUCCAAAGUAUGGGAUUCUAAAGGAAUCCAGAAUCCUACCAGGUUCCCCCUUUCUGAUGCUAGAGGCUGGGCAGGUAGUAGUGUAUGGAUGCUGUCUAGACUUAGCCUCCUGGCCUGUCUUAUUCUAAAAUUUCCUGCCACUUCCUUGGGCAUCUGGAACCCAGCAUAAGUCUGUGGAAAGCUGCAAAGUUUCUGCCAUUGUAUAGAAGUACACCCAGAUACCUAAAUGGUGUGGUGUGUACCAGAUCUGUAGAUAGCAGCCUAAGACAGCACAUCUGCCUUGUUCAGGCUUCGAGCUCUCACUGUUCCUUUCCCAGAAGCUGAGAGCCACUCUCCGCCUACCCAAGACCUGUGGAGGGGCCAAGGUCAGAGUUGGUCCCUCUACCAGUCUAAGUCCUGAUGGCUUAAGGCCCCCUGGCUCCUCUGGCCACACUCCAAGGCACCUUAGUGCUCCAGUGAGGACAGCUGACACCCUGCCAGGAAAGCUGGCCAGUCUUUGUUCUGUGGGCUUCCAAGACCUGCCCUGAACUCGUCAGCAUCUAAGCUGCAUGUCAGCUAUCUAGUAGCUGGGCUGUAAGGACUCAGGCAGAGGGACUUGGGGAGGGGGCACUGCCAGAGGGCAGUUGUCAGAAGUCCAAGGAGAGAUCACACCCAGCACACCACCCCUUCCCCAAGCAGCAGUGGGAGGUUUGGCCCAGAAAAGCUGAGCCUUGCAAUCCAGAGGGCCUGUCCUCCCACUUCCCUCCCACUGUCAGAGGCCCAUGUUGAAAAGAAGUCAUGAAAAGGAUUGUUGUAACUAGAGCAAGUCUUCCUUCACCCCGUGGCCUGCACUUGAGCCACAGGUUGUGUGUGUGAGCCACAUGUGUGUGUGUGUGUGUGUGUGUGUGUGUGUGUGUGUGUGUGUGUGUGUGUGUGUGUGUGUGUGUGUGUGUAUGUGUAUGUAUGUACACAGCUGAGAGGGUAAUUCCUGUUUGGAUUGUUCUCACAUGUAACAUUAAGCUGGCCUCUGGGCCUUUUCCUUUCUACCUCCCCUGUGACCUUUCCUAGCCUCAGAGCUCUUCACUCUCUUGGCCCUGGCCCUCACUGUCCUCAGACUAGAACCUGGGGGUCAGGCUCCUGUCUCCUACAGCUGUCCAGCACAUUGACAGGCUUCUUCCUGAGAUGUCCUCAGGUUUUCUCAGCAGAGAGCUACCUUUAGAGUCCAACUGUUGUAUGUUUGUCACCCUCACUAAUAUGUCCCAUAGUCCUGUGGGGAAACAGGGCACAGGUGAUGGUGUGGAUCCAGAGCAUUGGAGUAGGCGUCCCUCUUCCCUCAGCCCCAGCCAAAGGGAGAGGGAUUGGGGUUACUUGCCAUGGGGAGUGGAGUGAGCCUGAAAGGCAACGGCUGAGAGGUGGAUUCAGUAUUUAUUUAGUAGCACCUUCAACUACCAGGAUGAUUCCUGCCUAUUUGAUGAUGACUUCUUCCCUAAGGCACAAAUUGACAAAACCACCUCCCCUACUACCACCAUUCCUAGCAUGCUGACCCAUUCCCAGGACAGCCUUCCAGUAGAACAGAGCAGGCCACUCCCAGAGUUAUGGGGGGUGGGUGCAAUGGCCUGGAGCUCUAUGAUGGCUUUGUGCCUCCCUUCUAGCCCAGGUGGCUCUGGAGCUGCCACAGCAGGGCCCCAAAUCCUGCUCCAAGGGCAGCAUGGAGAAGAGAUGGUUGCAGGUAAAAUGCACUUUAUAGAGAUUUUCUAUUGCUGCGAAGGUAUGUUUCUCCCACAGUUUGUGAAUAUUCACUUGUUUUAUAAAUGUCUGAUCCUGUCUGAGUAAAACUGUGUUGUCAAUCUUGUGGGAGGUGCGGGGACCAGGGAUUGGUAAAGCUGAACCUGAGUGAGGCUUCAUGCCAGAACACCUUAGUUCUGCGGGGGUCAAGAGCCUCUUAUUCCUCCUUGAAGACAGGAGGUUGUGUGUGAGCUCCCCAUGGAGAAGACCAGAGUUGGAGUCAGUCAGCCAGAACAGUGCAGAGCACCCUGGACCCAGGAUGAGUUCCUGAGUGCUAUCCACAGUGACCCAGCCUCACAGCCCCGUCUCGGGCCAGUUCAUAGCCAGGCCCUCAGCCAUCCUUUAUUCCUUUAUUUACCUCAAUGCAGCCACUGAAGCGCAGCUGUGGUGAGGGGCGUGUGGAUCCUCUGAACAACAUGGUUGAG